AUGGGAACGCUGGUGAGAGCAGCUGUGCUUAUGAGUCCUCUUCUCUUCUGCAACGCUUUUCUGGACCUGACGGGCCCCAAUGAGAUCGAAGGCGUAUGGAAGGGACCUACCACCUUGCCAUGCAUCUAUGUGCCUGUGAAGGGCUUUGUGCAGCAAACGCUCACGUGGACUGUGGUGCGUGACCAGAGGUCUGGCACCGUCUUUCGGAGGGAUGGCUCUGGCGACCACGUUCUCCUGUCCGAGUACAGGGACAGGGUCAGCGUCCUGAAGGACGACCCAGGGAACGUGUCCCUCCACAUCCUGAGCCUGGAGGUCUCUGACAGGGGAAUCUACACUUGCCAGGUCACCUGGAGCAGCAGCAACAACAGCCUGACGGCAAGAGAGAUCACCACUAAAGUGGAGGUUGUUAAAGGUAAACCCAAGAAAGAAGCUGUGCAGUUGCAGCGACCCAUCAGCUACCGCUGCUCUGGUUGCGCCCCGGGGGGGAAAGCCCUGCUCCUGAGCAGCCAGGCCGAGCUGGUGUGGGACAGCCUGCGGCUCUCCGAUGCCGGGGAGUACUACUGCGAGGCAGAAAACCGGGCUGGGGCCGGGGUUGUGCAGCAGAGCGACGCCGUUGAGCUGACGGUGAGAGCCUCCCGGCGGGAUGGACGUGCAGUAAGGCUGGCUGGCUCGCGCGAGCGCACCUCUUCAGAGCCACGUGGGCGAGGCCCCGUCGGGACGGGGACGGGCAGGGGCACACCCGUGCGGUACAGCCCCGCGUGCCCGUGA